GACAAAACAAACGAGACAAUCAUUAAUGUCAGUGAAAGACUGAAGAGUCAGGUUCCCUCAUUGUGCUGUCUGAGUCUGUUCCCGCACUACUUUUUUUUUCAUUAUUCUCAUUUUAUUGUGCAUUUAUUGUCAGGCGCGGCAUGUGGUCAGCCACAUGCAGGCUCGGUGACAGGACAGACAAGGGCUAGGCGAUCUCAGCAUCAGUUAAGCAAGCAGUAGUCAUCCAUGGACAGGCUCGGCAACGGUACAGACAAGGACAAGGCCAAGACUAGGUCGGGCUCGGAAACAGAAACGGUAUCAGGCUAUGGAUCAAACGAAUCCUGGAAUGCGGAAAAAAUCACGACAAUCUGGCAGAGGAUAAAGGUUUCCUUUAGUCUGAUCUGCUGGAACUUUUGGAGGAGUUCAUCAUUUCCGCUGGACUGAUUUGGAGGCCAUCUUAGGCUACCUGUCCAUCUAUCGUUACAUUUUUAUUUAACUCCAAAUUGUCAAGAUGAAGGAUCGACUGGCGCAGCUAAAGGAGAGAAGCGAUGCUGCAGGUGAUGACAUCGAGGUUCCUGUGGAAAGUGAAGCCUUCAUGGAUGAAUUCUUUGCUCAGGCUGAAGAUAUUCGUCUCAGUAUUGACAAGAUUGAUGAAAGUGUCACAGAAAUAAAAAAGCUCUACUCCAGCAUAUUGUCUGCUCCCACAUCUGAUCAGAAGACUCAGGAUGACGUUGAAGCGCUCACCAACGAAAUCAAGAAAUCAGCCAACAAUGCCAGGAACAAGCUGAAAACUAUUGAGCGCCAACUUGAAUCCAACAAAGACGAAAGGGCCUCCGCGGAUCUGCGGAUACGUAAGUCUCAGCAUGCCAUCCUGGCUAAGAAAUUUGUUGAGGUGAUGACAAGGUACAACGAAGCACAAAUGGACUUCAGGGAUAAGAGCAAAGGACGAAUCGCCCGACAGCUGGAGAUCACGGGGAAAGCAACGACAGACGAGGAGCUGGAGGAGAUGCUGGAGGGAGGCAACUCGGCCGUCUUCACUGCCGGGAUCAUGGACUCUAAGAUCAGUCAGCAGGCCUUGAACGAAAUUGAAGCUCGGCACAAAGACAUCAUGAGGCUGGAAAGCAGCAUCAAGGAGCUGCACGACAUGUUUGUGGAUAUCGCCAUGCUGGUGGAGAACCAGGGCAGCAUGAUCGACAGAAUCGAGAGCAACAUGGAUCAGUCGGUGGGCUUCGUCGAGAGAGCGGUAGCUGACACCAAGAAGGCGGCUAAAUUCCAGCAGGAGGCUCGCAGGAAACAAAUGAUGAUCUUAUGUUGCUGUAUCAUUCUGGUCAUCAUCCUCGGCUCGUUCGUCUACAGCUUCAUCAAAUAGAAAGUCUGUGUGAGGACACCCAUCAUCAACAUCCACAGGACAGAGCUGCUGUCAGGCGCUCAGUUUAGAAAUAGGGCUGCAGAGGUUUAUUCUUGUUUCUUACAGGGUUAGGAGAAGGCUCUUAUGCUCUUUAAGGCCUUCCAUCCACACAGAACUGAUCUUAACAAUGGCCAGAAAGGUCAGAGCAUUGUUUUCACAUGCCAAACACAAAUCCAGGUUAGAAGAGCCUGUCAGCAGCCAGAUGAUGUCAGGCUCCAGCUGAAUAUUAGAGACACAACCUUAUCAAAGCCUGGAUGUUAAAAGCAUCAUUCAAGACGUGUAGUAAAGGAUGAUCACACUGGGUUGUUUCGGACUGAAGUUAGACCUGAAAUGAAAAACUAAAAACACAGUCACAUAGUAUACCAUAGUAUAAAGUAACAGUAGUAAUUUGUAGUGAGAAUUAAAUGAAUGACUCGUAUGCAUAUGAAGGGUGUUACUGUAGGUGUGUGGUCUGUUUUAGAUGUGCUAGACCCAAUGUUGGUACUAGAGUGAUCAAGACCAGAGACCAGUGUUAUGGCUCCAUUUUCACAUCAUCAUUCUUUCAUUCAGUAAUUUUGAAGGAAGGAAGGAAGGCAUAACAACGUGUUAAUCUAGGAUCUGAUUCAGCUGUACAACAUGUCAUAGUUGUGAAGAGACAGCGAAGAUACAGUGUGAGGUGGCCACACUUGAGCCGGCGCUGACGUGAAUCACUUUCUAGGGGCCUGCAGCAAAUUUAAACACUGUCUUAGCAAAUGACAAAUAAUGAUUUCCUGUCUGCGGAAAAGGCGCUAAUUGCUCCUAAUCUGUCCUACUUUAAUGGAAAGAACAUAAGAGGUAAAUCUGUCUUCAGGGCUUCAGGAUUUUUAGUCCAGUGUGAAGGAUGUUAUUUUAGGAAACAACUGAAAAGCAUGACUACCGCACGGCACACCAUUAUAAUGCAACUCUUUGAGGUCAGUAUCAAAGUAUUCAAACAACUGCUGUUAGUAUUUUAUAUGUUUGUGUAGUAUUUAUUGUAAACCAUACUACUGUGCCAAUACUAUGCUAGCGACUGCAUCUAAUCUUACUAUCAACAUCAUAUGCAUAAUGCUGAACUUCCAUAGAUUGGCAAUUUCCUAAAGCAAUCCCACAUUUGAUUGUAUGGCCUAUUAGCAGAAAUACUUUGUAAAAGUAUUAGAACAGAAAUAGAAAUAAAUAGCCCAGAUUUAUUAGAUUCCACUGAUUCUGCCUUGGGGGCAUUUUGCUGCAUUUAUCACGAUGACUGCUUUCAUAUCUGUGUGUAUUGUGUAUAGUGUGUUUUUACCCCCUUUUCUUUUUCAAUGCUGUUGUUUGACUGUAGUCUGUCUUUAUUAUUUGCUCCUUUUUGCUCCAUGACGAUGCCCUAAUGCUGUGGACCAUGUUGCUGGUGUGAGUUCAGGCUCAUACAUUGUCUACCCACUGAUGCUCAGUUAUAUCAGGGUAUAUUGGACUUCUCGCUUCCAGUCUGGUUGUUCAUUUUUCCUGUAGAAAUGUUUCGGAUUGCACCUGUUGUGUCUAUUUUACAAGAGGACCACACAAAUCCUUAAAACCAAAAAGGUCUAUUAGAAUUUAAAAUAAAGCAUGUGUGAACUUAA